ACGACUUACCGUCUAAUCCUCUAGUUGAAUCUUUGUAAAGAUACAGAAAAAAAACAUCAACUUCUCAAGACCAAACAAAUGGCUUCAAAGGCGGUCAGCAAUCUCAUCUCUACAGCCGCUCGACCGACCUCCCGCAUCCAACUCGCACGGAGCCACCGUCUUCUGUCGUCGGGUCCGAUACAAAACCAAGCACAAACCCUUCUUCAGGACAAAGAGAAUGGCUUUGGGUUCAUCCGUCACAAUCCUCGCACACCGAAGCCACGGACGAGAGGCGUGACCGAGAUUCGGGGCCCGUACUACUCUGCCUACGGCAAGCGUCACUUGCAAGACGUGCUCGAGACGAUGGGGUACCACAUUGACGGCCUCAAGUUCGCCGGCGGAAGUUUCUCCAUGAUGCCCGAGCACGCCGUGCGUGAACUGGUCGACCUCGCACAUCAACACGAAGUCUAUGUGAGCACGGGUGGGUGGAUGGAACACAUCUUGACCCAGCCCGACGCCCAGACGGCCGUCGACAGGUACCUGAAAAAGUCCAAGGACGUCGGCUUCGACGUGAUCGAACUGUCUUCGGGGUUCCUGUCGUUCCCACCGGACGACUGGUUGCGGCUCGUGGACAAAGUCCACGGCAUGGGCCUCAAGGCGAAGCCGGAGCUGGGCAUUCAGUUCGGAGCCGGCGGUGACACGGCGGCGGAGGAUCUGGAAGCCACCGGCACCUCAGACCCCGGCAAAGUGAUCAACCUGGGCAAGAAGUUCAUCGAAGCGGGCGUCGAACGCAUGAUGAUCGAGAGCGAGGGCAUCACCGAGAACGUCAAGAGCUGGCGGACGGACGUCAUCCAAGCCAUCCUUCGAGAUCUGCCACAGGAAAAGGUCAUGUUCGAGGCCGCCGACCCUCCCGUCUUCAAUUGGUAUGUUCGCGAGUUUGGCAUCGAUGUCAAUUUGUUCGUGGAUCAUUCUCAGAUCGUGCAGUUGACCUGCCUGCGGAGCGGAAUCUGGGGCAUGGCCGAUACCUUUGGGAAGAUUGUUAGCUAUCGCGAUUGA